AUGAUUGACAAGAGUAGUAAUUGUGGCACAAAUGGAUCUCAUAAAUUAGACUCAUUUUACCAAUCAAACAAUUUAUCAACUUAUGGACUGUCAUAUGGUCUUAGUUGGCACCCGCAUGUCUAUGGAAAGCCUCCAAAACAACCCACUUCUUAUCUCAUCGAAGAUAUUCUGGGAAUCAAACAAAACGGUUCCAAAUCGUUAUCAUCAAAGACAUCAUCAACUAUAACAACAACAUCAUCAACAAUGACAACAACAACAACAACUACUGCUUCUUCUACAACUUUUACUACUACUACAACUUCAUCAAAAGGCAGUGAGUUGUGUCUUGAAAAUAAAAAAAUAUCAAAUAAGAAGAAUACCAAAGGAAGUAAGCGUAAAAAAGAGUCAACACGUGAAACAACACGUGAAACAACACGUGAAACAACACGUGAAACAACACGUGAAACAACACGCGAGAAAACAAAAGAAGAACUUGAGAUCGAUUCGCCCUUAGAUUUGACCACAAAUUCAUUGACAAAGACUAUAAAAAAAUCAAUUGUUGUCAAUUGCAGUCAUUCCUGUAGUGAUAAUGUCUUUGAUGCCAUUGGUUUAGACAGCAAUUCACACUCGUCAUCAUCAGUGGCCGAUUCAAACGGGUCGGUCACUAACAAAACUAAUGCUAUUGUUUUGGUCAACAAUUGUAGCGAAAAAUCAAAGAAAAAUUUGUGUCUCGAAAAUAGCAAAAUAUCAAACAACAAGAAGAAUGGCAAAGGAAUUAAACGUAAAAAAGAGUCAACACUUGAGUCAACAAAAGAAGUGCUUUCAACUGAUUUACCCCUAGAGUUGACCACAAAUUUAUCGAUAAAAACUAUAAAGAAAUCAAUUGUCAAUUCUAUACAUUCCUGUAGUGAUAAUGUCUUCGAUGACAUUGGCAUUGAUUGCAAUUUACAGUCGCCGUCAUCAGUAGGCGACUCAAAUGGGUCGGUCACUGAUAAUACCGGUGCCAACGAUUCGGGUAACAAUAGUAGUGAUAAAUCAAAGAAAAAGAAAGCGAGAACUACUUUCACCGGACGACAGAUCUUUGAACUCGAAAAACAAUUUGAAGUUAAAAAGUAUUUGUCGUCAACUGAAAGGGCAGAUAUGGCUAAGCUUUUGAAUGUCACCGAAACUCAAGUCAAAAUAUGGUUUCAGAAUCGGCGAACCAAAUGGAAGAAACAGGACGGCAUAUCCAAUACUGAAGCCGCAGAUUAUAAGGUUGGAGCAGAUAAACGACCAAAAGAGGGAUCGUCUUCUAGUAAAAGCAAAUCUAAUAAAUCCAAAAACAUUGCAAACAAUUCCAGUAAUAGUCCGAAACCUUUGCCAUUAUGUUUAUCGCCUAACAUGUCGACUGUCGGACAGUUGUCUACAAGUAGUCAAACAAGUGAUGAGACAAUUCGUAAUAUUUCUAAUAACAGUAACAGUAGUUACUGUUCGACCUCUAAGAAUGCCGGAUCAGAUCAACAAACAAAUGGUUGCAAUGCUUUUAGCAAUAGCUAUGACUUUGACAUAAAAGAUGAUAGCGAUGACAGUGACUCAAGAAGUCCCAGAUCUUUGAGAAUUGCGGAUCAAGAGUUAGACACCGAUAGAGAUAACUCAUCCGUUGCUUUUGAUGACAACGACGAUAUAAAUGAAAACAAUGGUAUCGUUGAUGACGAUGUCAACGAUAAAGAGGGUAUCAGUGCAAUAGGUGUUGACAGUCAAACAAAUAAAUUAACAUUAAAUAAACAAAAGUCUUCUAUUGCGAGCACUGGUAGUCAUAAUCGAUAUGAAAAUAAAUCAUUGAGUUUAGAGAAAAUAGAGAAUAAUGUCUUCAAUAAUAUUAUGGAUUCUUGUAAUGACAAGAAUGGAAUCAAUGGAAUUAAUGCCAAGAAUUUUGCUGAUAAAAGGAUAGACGUGUCAUAAAAAUGAUUGCAAAUCUUCAGAUAAGACAUUGUCAUCGAUUGCAGCGAUUAUUCGUGUCUUAAGUGCUGCGCUAACGCCUUAACUUAUGAAACAAAACUCAUUUACCAAAUACUCAUCGCAAUCAUUAAAUAUUAGACUAUUGAUCAACAA